UGCGAUUUCUCCCACGUGACGUAUAGCCGUAAGGUACGUGAACGGACUAUAUAAGCUGUAAUAUUGUCACCGAUAAUAUCACAUUUGAAUUCGAUUAUCAACGAGAGGGAAAGCAUAAAUUCUUAUUUUCGGCGAAGAACUAAGUAACCACUCAAUAACGAUGAAUUCCUGGAUUAUGAUUUCACUGUUUGUUGCUACUGCCAUUGUUUGUGUAAGUGCAGAUUGCUACAGAGAAGAUGGUUGCUCAAACACAAAUGAUAAAGAGUUCAGAAUCGGAAAAAGAUGGAAGCCAAAGUCCAAUCCUUGUUAUACUUGCAAAUGUAUAAAAACAAAGAAGUUUGUGCUGGCAUGUCUUGAAGCUGUGAAUAAAAAACGGAAUCUAUCAGUUAAAAAAAGUCAACUGUCUGCAAGAUUUGAAUCCCCUGUAAAUUUUGCUCCAGAUGAGGAUAUUGAAAUAACGGAGAAAGAAGCAAAAACAAAAGAAUGUUCUCCGACUCGAGCACCAAUCUAUAACUGGGCUGUCGGUACUUUUGAACCGAUCACGUAUAAGAUGGUUUACUUUUACUACAAAAGAAAGGAAUCAAGAUGUUGCAGUCGAUUCAUGAAUUUUACAAAUGUCCAUCUUUCAUGUAAAGUUGUCAGAAUCAGCAAAUGCAGAUCAAUAGUUGUGAAAAGGGAAAAUCCAAAAGAAAGAUGUAACAAACCGAUGUCGUUUACUGGUUGAAAAGUGAUUUUUCUAUAUACUGAGCUCGUAAAAGUUAUUUGCAAUUGAUUUUGUUCUUUGUCGUUGUUUAUCGCUAAGCUAGUUUCAAAUUUUAUUUCCAUGAAAUUUUAUUGUUGGAAAUUUAUAAUGUUCAUUCCACAAAAACCGGCCUUCUGCAAAAAAUCAUCCAGUUUCAAAUUUAAUUGUUUAUCAGGUGAUUUUUCUUAUUAAAAUAUGCAAUGUUUUGUUGUUUUUUAUU